AUGCCUAAGUGGACCAAAUCGGACUAUAAGAAGGAAGUUGAUUUGAAGCCCGUGACCUUUCUUGUUUUCGUGGUCGCAGGGCGGUGCGUCGAGGAUCUAUUCACACAAAUCGACAACCACAGCUCCAAGGCACCCCCCCACAGCCUCCGGUGGACUACUCAUGACCGCCAUUUGGGCCUAUCUCAAUCGGAUCAACAGCAACAGCUUCAGCAGAGUACAUCCGCUCAGCAUCAUCACAACUUUUCAACCAGCAAUUAUUCCGUCCUUUAUGAUCAAAGCUCUCUUAACCUUCCCUUGCAUACGACUUCUAAUAUUGACCAUUACGCUCAUCAGGCAGCUUUGACUCCAGCUAACUGUUAUUCAAGCCAUCUCAAUUACUCUUCUCUCUCGCCUUCAAUAGCUCCCAAUAUUUACUCUGAUUCAUUCGUCUCAAGUCCAUUGUGCUCUUCCUUCCUUCGUCCUUUCGCUCAGAUAGCCCCCUCUCUCGCUUCUUCUACCUUAGUCACGACUACUUCCAUGCCUGUCAGCCAAGUC